AUGGCUGGAGACUCUGGCCACAGGGGCGCCGAUGACCGGGGCCAUCGCAAGCGCCCUGCGAACGAUGAACCCCAGGACGAUCUCCCCCAACCCUACAACGCCAAAGAACUUCAACCCGCCAAGCGACGCGCCCUUUCGCCAUCCGAACAGCCGCGGAAGCAGAAGCGACCCGGCGCGCGCGCGCGAAUCUCAGAGGCCGAGCGAGAGGCCAUUCGACAGCGCCAGCUCGAUCGAGAGCGCCAAGCAGCCGCUCAGCAGGCUGCCGAGGAGGAACAGAGCAGGAUCCGGGGCAUCAACGAUGUCGUGAGACAGCACUACAACAAUGUGCCAGAGAGAGGGCGCGACUGGAGGACGAGAGACAGCAAGAUCAAGGGACUGCGCGUGUUCAAUAACUGGAUCAAGAGCUGCAUCAUCCAACGCUACUCGCCUGAUGAGGACCACACGCCCGGCUCGCGCGAGGCGGGUCGCUCCAGCGGUAAAGAAUUGCUCGUGCUUGACAUGGGCUGUGGAAAGGGCGGCGACUUGAACAAGUGGCAGCAGGCCCCUCAGCCCAUUCAGCUCUACGUUGGCCUGGACCCGGCCGACGUGAGUAUCGACCAAGCUCGCGAAAGAUACAGGGCAUUGAGCGGUCGUGGAGGGCGCGGAGGACGAGGAGGUCACCGAAGGCCACCCGCUCGUCUCUUUGAUGCGCGAUUCCACGUCAAGGACUGCUUCGGCGAGUCCAUCGAGAACCUUGACAUCAUUCAACAGGUGGGCUUUGAUCCUUCACCUAUGAACCGCCGGGGCUUUGACGUCGUCAGCAUGAUGUUCUCCAUGCACUACGCCUUUGAGUCGGAGAAGAACGCGCGAAACAUGCUGCGCAACGUCGCUGGUGCUCUCAAGAAGGGAGGCCGAUUCAUCGGCUGCAUCCCCAACUCGGACGUGCUCGGCGAGCGAGUCCGCAAGUUCAAUGAGCAGGCCGCUGCCAAGCGCGAGGCCAAGGAAAAGGAGGCCGACGGCUCAACAACGCCCCCCACCGCAGAACCCGAAGACGGCGAGCUGGAGGAGGGCGAAGCUGAACCCACUGCCGAAUGGGGCAACAGCAUCUACCGCGUGCGCUUCCCAGGCAAGACACCCGACGACGGCGUCUUCCGUCCCGCCUUUGGCUGGAAAUAUAACUUCUUUCUGGACGAAGCGGUCGAGGAGGUGCCCGAGUAUGUCGUCCCGUGGGAGGCAUUCCGUGCCCUCGCCGAUGACUACAACCUUGAGCUGCAGUUCCACCGCACCUUUCCCGAGAUCUGGGAGGCUGAGAAGGAUGACCCGGACCUGGGCCCUCUGAGCGAACGUAUGGGGGUUCGUGAGCGUGGUGGUGGCCCUCUGCUUGUCUCAGACGAGGAGAUGGAGGCUGCUAGUUUCUACAUUGGCUUCUGUUUCUACAAGGUGUAA